AUGCCCGGCCUUCCGGGAAAGCAGUACUAUUGUACAGCGAGGAAGAAGGCCGAGGCCUUAGCGGCAUUCAAUGCCUGGUAUGAAAGCCGGAAGGAGGACCCGUUCGACGUCGAUGCCGAAAUCCUGGCAUACUGUCAGAUGGAUGUGGAAAUUUUGGCCGCAUCAAUGAAAAAAUACAUGAUGCUGGCC